AUGUGCUAGGGUAAAGGCCAUUGCACAAGUUUCAGUUGUAACAAUGCCAUCAUCUGGACAGACGGCAGCAAAGUGAGCGGCAACAUCUCUAACAGAUACCAUUUAAUGGGGGACAUAGCACAGGGAAAUGUGUCACUCACCAUUAGUGAUUUAACUAAGGAAGAUGAAGGAUUGUAUUGCUGUCGAGUGGAGAUCCAUGGAUUGGGCAAUGAUGAAAUAAGAUAUAUACACCUUGAGAUACAAGACAUUGAAGAAUGCCCAGAUGAUUUGGAAUGGAGCACAAUAUAUGCAUUAAACUAA